UGUCAAACCGUUGUCAAACAUUCAAAUAGGUUAUAUUUGAAGCUUUGUGAUGUGUCUGAUUUUUAAAACCUUUUGCAAUAAUUAAACGCUUUAUGAUUUACACAUAUAAAGUUAAAAAUAAUGGCAGUAGUAAUAGAAACUACGCUCGGUGACAUCACUGUGGAUCUUUACUUAGAUCAAAGACCUGUCACUUGUUUGAACUUUUUAAAACUAUGCAAAAUGAAAUACUACAAUUACAAUCUAUUUCAUUCCAUACGAAGUGGAUUUAUUGCUCAAACUGGUGAUCCUACGGGAGAAGGAUCUGGUGGAGAAUCUAUUUGGGGUAUACUAGAAGGGCCUAGCAAAAGAUUUUUUUCUGGAGAGAAAAGGCCUAAAAUUCGUCACACAGAAGCUGGUUUGUUGUCCAUGGUUUGUACUGACGAUAUGAUGGUGGGCUCGCAAUUUUUUUUCACUCUUGCCCCGGAUCUGGACUCGUUAGACGGUACACAUUGUGUGAUUGGGGAAGUAACAGAAGGACAUGAAGUUCUAGGAAAAUUAAACGAAGUUAUCUGCGAUGAAGCUCAUCGGCCAUACCGUGAUGUGCGUAUUACACAUACAGUUGUUCUAGAAGAUCCCUUUAGUGAUCCCCCUGGCUUGAGAGCACCAUCCCGGUCUCCAUCACCAAAUCCUGAGCGACUAAAGGGUGGUAGAAUUGCGCCAGAUGAAGAAAUUGAUGAAACUGAAGGUAAAACUGCCGAAGAAAUACAAGAAAUGAUAGAGGAGAAAGAAGCUAAAGCGAGAGCUACUAUCCUUGAAAUAGUUGGUGAUUUACCCGAUGCUGAUAUUGCGCCACCUGAAAAUGUACUAUUUGUUUGUAAGCUCAAUCCUGUCACAACAGAUGAUGACUUGGAAAUUAUUUUUAGUCGCUUUGGAAAGAUUGUAAGCUGUGAAGUUAUUAGAGAUAAGAAGACUGGUAACUCCUUACAAUAUGCCUUCAUUGAGUUUGAUAAUAAAAAAUCUUGUGAGGAUGCUUAUUUCAAAAUGGACAAUGUAUUAAUAGAUGACCGAAGAAUUCAUGUGGACUUCUCACAAUCAGUCUCAAAAAUGAGGUGGUUAGGUAAAGGGAGAGGUGUUCAAUAUUUUAAUGACGAUCAAUCAGAAGUAUCUUUUGAUAAAAUAGAAAAAUCGAAUAGAACAUCAAGUAGAGAUACAAAUAAAAAUAGCCAUAGAGAGCAUAACACAAAGCAUGAGGAUAAGAAACAUGAAAGAAAUGAAAGUAGUUAUAGGGAUAGAAAAAAUAGAGAAGAUAGACACCAAAAUAAUAGGUCACAAAGAGAUAGAAGUAGGAGUAGAUCUAGGCAAAAAGAUUCAAGAUCUCAUAGAAGUGAAAGAGAGGGUAAGAGACAAAGCAAAGACCGUGAUAAUGGUAUCAGCAGAAAGUCUCAUAGACACAGGAGUGAAUACAAUGGCACUGAAAGAUCUCACAAAUCUAACGCUUCCAACACUGAAAGAAGGAACAAUGAUUCCCCUCCAAGAAGAAGUGAUAAAGAAUCUUACGACAAACAUGAUCAUAGUAAAGACCGCGAUAAGAGAGACCAAAGCAAAAAUGAAGAACGGAGAAGUGAAAAUAGUGUAUCUAGUAAAACUAUAAAGAAACCUAUUAAUGAGGAACCUAAAACUCCAUCCCCCAUUUUAGAUAGAAAAAAACAUGAAAAGAACAGUAAAUCAAAGAACAAGCAAGCAAAAGACAGUAAAUCUAAUAAAAAGAAACGAAAGGUAUCUACAUCAUCCUCAGAUAGUUCUACAGAAAGUAGCUCUAGUACAGAAUCAUCAAGUUCAAGUGAUUCUGAUAGAAAGAAAAAGAGAAGAAAAAAGAGGAAAGUAUCCACAUCCAGUAGUUCGAGUAGUUCUUCCAGUAGUUCAGAAAGUAGUAGCGAUUCUUCAUCAUCUAGCUCUGAUAGUGAAAGAGAUAAGAAAAAACGUAAAAAGAAGGUUCAUUCAAAAAAACCUACAAAGAAAUCUAAAAAAUAAAUCAAUUAUUAAGUAUUAGACUGGGUUGUUUCUAUCUGUAAUCAUUAAUCUUUAAACAAAUACGUACAAAUGGUACAAAUUGUUCGCUUUUGAUAUAACAAAGUAUAAUAAAUAAAAUUUAAUUAAAAAUGAUGUACUUUGUAUUUUUAUAUACUUAAUAUUGAAUGAACUACACUUCAAUAAUUAAAAAUGCAAUUGUUUUCCUUCGAUAUAAAAUUGAACUCUAAUUAAAAUCAAUUUCAAUAUUAGUUAAGACAUGUUUCUUUAAUUUAUUUGUUUAAAAAAAUAUCACAAUAAACCUUAUUAUUUAA